AACGCAGAUGUUGCAUUGCGAUACAAGUAAAUAGAACGUCCAGAAGCAGAGCACUAGGACGCAUUGUGAUAAAUCUUACAAAAUAUCUUGAGAUGUUUAGCGUUGAUAAGUACGAUGAUAUUAAGUGGGGUCUGCCCGGCUGGAGAAUUGAACAACGAUACAAAAAUGAUGUUCUGAUUGGCAACUGGAACGAAGAAAGAAGAAAAUUUGAAAGAAGCAAGUCUCAUUUUAAUAGUACUCAAAGGACAGACUUCAAGAAUUAUGGCAAACAGCUGCCCGAUGUAAAAACCCGCAGAGAGGUAAAGCUACAAACUGAGGGUCUUGGAAAACAAUUUUUAUUUUCUCACCAUGGAGAUGCAUAUAAGGGCAAUAGAAUCACAUGGUAUGACCAGCAAUUCAAUAAAAGAGAAGUGACUGAAAGUGAAUUCAAACCACUAAGGACUUGGGAAAGACAGCGUCUUGUAUGGGCUCCGGAGAAAUCAGAUUAUCCCAUUCAAGGAUCUCCUACGAAUUUUGGUUUACUUGAAAAGAAGCAAGAACAAUGGAAAAAAGAGGCAGAGCUAGAAGACCUUAGUAUCUAUGCAACAACACAACAACUGAGCUUUAUUCCCCAUCAGCGCAAGUGUUACUCCUAUCGACGCUUCGCACCACCAAAGUUCAUAUCAAGUAAAUUUCACCCUCAUCACGUGAACAAGGACUUACAUCUUAGAGACAGUAAAUACCUAUCUGUCUGUGAGUACCCACCUGUCCUUGCCCCAGUAAUUUAGCUUCCCAAUUCAAUCCUGCUUCUAUAUAUUCUCAAUUUAGUUUGUUAAGUUUUGAAAUUAUUAUUUUUGAGAACAAUAGAUAGAGUGCACGCACUAAACCUAUGAAACAAAUACUAACUUUUAGUACUAAAUGGUGAUAAAUAAACAAUAGAAAACAAAGGAUUCUGUAUGAAAUAGUACUAAUUAGUACUAAUUAAUGUUCACUGAUUUAGUGUGUGCACUCUAAAUGGAAUCUAAAAAAUUACACAAAAAUAUUUUAAAAAAUCAUUAAAGUUUAUUAUUUCAAAAUGAAACUUGUUUCACAACAUACUUUUAUUACAUACUGUCAAAUGAAAGCACUACAAAUACCAUUUUGAUUGUCCAUAGUUUGUGGUCAAUAUGAUCUUUGUAAUAAGCUCUUGCUGUUCACCGACCCAUAUUUGCACUUAUAGAGCACAAAUAUAAAAUUUUAAGUUUUUAAAUUAUCUGUUAAAGUUUUAAAGAUAUUAGUUUGUGAAAAAUUUAUUUCCAAUGAGAGUUUGGAUAUGAUACUAAUAAAAAAAAGUUUUUGCAA